UUGGACAACAUUCGCAUGGGAAAAAUAAUUUAGAUUUCAUUGCUUAAUCAUUCUACUUACAUAUACAUACAUAUCUUGAGACGCCACGCUUGUGGAGCAGUAAGCGGAAUCAACGUUAUUUUUAGCAUUAAUAAGAAUAUUUACAGAAAAAAAUUGUUGACAUGAUGACUACAUAUGGAGUAAUUCUUCUCAUUUUCUGUGGAAUUUUUUCGACGCAAAUUUUACUGGUUAAUAGCACUAGUUGGAUUGAUUUGACAAACACCACAAUUUUACCUACACUAAAGCAAUGUGGUCGGGUCGGUAUCUCAAAUCGCAUUAUGGGCGGUAGCGAGACCUAUAUUGAUGAAUUUCCAUGGACGGCAUUACUGUUGUACAAAAAUCGAAGUUCCGGCGAGUUGGGUUCUCUCUGCAUGGGUUCGUUGAUAACUAGAUACUUUGUGAUCACUGCAGCACAAUGCGUUAGCCGCGAUAAGAUUAAAGAUGAUAUAACCUUGGAGCGUGUACGCUUGGGCGAAUGGAAUAUUGUCACCAAAAUCGAUUGUGAAUAUUCACAAAGUGGCCAUAAAUUUUGUGCGCCACCCACUGUAGAAAGGGGUAUCGGUAAUAUAGAAAUACAUCCGGAUUUCGAUCAAAAUAAGAUGAAUAAUGACAUAGCCUUAAUACGUAUGACCAAGAAAGUGGAUUAUACAGAGUUCAUAAGUCCCAUAUGUCUGCCGCUGCAGAGGGGUCAACAGUAUUUGGGCUAUGCCGAUACAACGGCGGAAGUCACCGGUUGGGGUGAAAAUAAAGAACAUCCGCGUAGUACAACAAAAACGAAGACUACGGUAAAUAUUUAUAAACUCAGCAAUUGCUUGGACGCUAUUAGUCGGGUUGGCGGUAAUGGUUACACCUAUUCAUCUUUUCUACAAACUUGUGCCAUGGCUGAGGGUAAGGCGGCCUGCAAACUCGAUACCGGUGCCCCGCUUAUGAUAAAAGAUAAGAAGGAUAAUAUUAUUUGUUACUAUCUGAUUGGCGUAUUCUCAAGCGUCGAGGAUACUUGCUCCAUAAGGAAUUCACCAAAUAUAUACACACGUGUCCAUCCAUAUCUCGAUUGGAUUCAAAAAGUCGUAAAUUCAUGGAUGGAUCUGAGCGAUACUGGUAAAUUACCUAAAGAAAACGAAUGCGGCAGGGUCGAUCUAUCAAAUCGUAUCAUGGGUGGAACUGAAACACGUAUAGAUGAAUUUCCCUGGACAGCAUUGAUUAUAUACUUCAAUAGAAGCAACGGCGAUAUAGGUUCAGCUUGUGCCGGCACGCUUAUUAAUGAAUUCCAUGUUAUCACAGCUGCACAAUGUGUUGACUAUCAUAUGAUUUUCAAAAAUGGCAUAAAUGUCACAGCCGUACGUUUGGGCGAAUGGAACACUGCCACUGCAAAAGAUUGUGAGAAAGACUCCAAUGGUGUGGAGUACUGCGCGCCACCACCACAAGAUAUCAAAAUUGAUGAAGUUAUAAUUAAUGCAGAUUUUAAUAGGAAACAAAUGUUACACGAUAUAGCUUUGUUGCGUUUGGUGCGUAAAGUCAUCUAUUCCGAUUUCGUUAGUCCCAUAUGCCUGCCAACAUGGGAGUCUCAAAUAUAUCUGGGCUUUUCCGAUGCUACAGCGGAAAUCGCUGGUUGGGGAGAAACUGCAAAAGAAACGUAUAGUAAUGUAAAAUUGAAAGCAACUGUGAACAUAAUUCCUCUACAGGAUUGCACAGGCAAUAUUACGCUUGAUAAUGUUGGUUUCGGUCAUACCUAUGAUCCUUAUCGGCAGUCAUGUGCCGUAGGCGAUGGUAAAAUUGCUUGCAAAAUUGAUACGGGCGGUCCGCUUAUGAUUAUGGAUAAACCUGAUGAUAGUGAUAGAACUGCUUACUAUUUGAUUGAAUUAAAUAUCGAAGAGUGGAAUGAAAUGGCAAUGUUUGGCACCAUACCACAUCCAAAACAGUGUGGCAAAAUCGGUAUAGCCGAUCGUCUUUUUGGUGGCACUAAUACACAUAUUGACGAAUUUCCCUGGACGGCUUUGCUGCUGUACGGCAAUAAAAGUAAGACCAACGACUAUGGCACAGGCUGCAUGGGUUCACUCAUUACCAAGCAAUAUGUGCUCACCAUCGCACAAUGUGUAGACGCAAGUUUUGCACCCAAAAAUGGUGUUACGUUUAUUGGUGUGCGUUUAGGCGAAUGGGAUAUUUCAUAUAAACAAGAUUGUGAAAAAUUUUCGAAGGGCAACUCAGUUUGCGCUCCCAUCUAUACGGAUAUAGAAGUCAAUGUGGUAAUCACACAUGAGGCAUUUAACAAAAAUACACUGCAGAAUGAUAUAGCUUUACUACGCUUAAAAAGUUCAGUUGUAUUUAACAAUUUUAUUAGUCCCAUAUGUCUGCCGUAUCAUGAGGAUCUGGAUUAUAUUGGUGCUCCGGACAGUACGGCGGAAAUCACUGGCUGGGGUCAAACUCUGACGAGAGACGAAAGUCAAAUAAAACAAAAAGCAACUGUAAAAAUAUCGGAACUUGAGGCAUGCGAGACGGUAAUUAAACGAGAUGCGCCGCAUCUUAGUUACAGUUAUUCGUCGGAAUUGCAAAUAUGUACUAAUGAACCUGUCAAAGUCGCAUGUCAACAAGAUGGCGGUGGCCCACUUAUGGCUCAACAUUCAAAUGAAUAUCAACAGGCCUAUUAUUUAAUUGGUUUAUUCUCUAGUAUGAAUACUACAUGCCAAAGGAAGCAUCUACCAGCUAUAUAUACGCGUGUACAGCCUUACUUGAAGUGGAUAAAGGAAAAUAUUUAAUAUUUCAUUUUAAUUGUAUGUGCAUAUACUAUUUAG